UGACGCAGCCAGAGCGGUAAUGGCGACUCACAGUUCGCUCCUGAAUGUUUCUCUUGGAAGCGCCGUGUGUCCGGGUUUUCUCCUCCCUGCGCUUUUAUCCAUACGGCUGAGAGUUAAGUCAAAUCUUUUUGUAGCAGUUUAAGGUUUCCGGAGUCGUGGGAGGGUGUUUUUAUCCGCUUCUCCGGACGAAUUGGCCAAGGGCUUGUUAGCUUAGCUUUGCUAGGUGGCAAAUAGAAAACAAGUCAAGUUAGCCUCGCAUGCUAAGCUAACUCAGUGAAGUCAGGUUUCCUCAGUUCACCCUGUGCUAGCGAGUUAGCCACCGAGCUGCAGGAGUGUGUGUGCGCGCGUGCGCGCGCGCGGCGCUCCAGGAAAAAACGCACAGAGAGAGAGAGAGGGAGAGAGGGAGAGAGAGAGAGAGGGAGGGAGAGAGAGAGAGAGAGAGAGGGAGGGAGAGAGAGAGGGAGAGAGGUGUAAAGAUCUCUUUAACUCAGUCGUUUGGGAAGCGACUCUCCGCUCUGAAGCAGCGGCGCUGUGGGACUGUGAGCCGCUGAUAGAACCAGAACCAGGAGCGGUGCUGCUAGCGGUGUGUCCUAUGGUCCAGCAUGCUGAAGACCCGACAGUGUUUACUCGGACUCCGCACUUUCCUCGGAGUGGCGUCCAGGAUCUGGGGCUUCAUCCUGUACAUCCUCAGGAAACACCUCCGCACGAUAAUUCAGUACCAGACGGUGCGCUAUGACACAUUACCUCUCUCUCCUGUAUCCAGACACAGACUCAAUACAGUGAAAAGAAAAAUCUUGGUUUUGGAUCUGGAUGAGACUCUUAUUCACUCUCACCAUGACGGGGUGUUGAGGCCUACAGUCCGACCCGGAACUCCACCAGACUUCAUCCUCAAGGUGGUCAUAGAUAAACACCCAGUGAGGUUUUUUGUCCAUAAAAGGCCACACGUUGACUUCUUCUUAGAAGUGGUGAGUCAGUGGUACGAGUUGGUGGUGUUCACAGCCAGUAUGGAGAUUUACGGUUCCGCUGUAGCAGACAAACUGGACAACAACAGAGGAAUCCUGAAGCGCAGAUACUACAGACAGCACUGUACGCUUGAUUUGGGCAGUUAUAUCAAGGAUCUGUCAGUAGUGCACAAUGAUCUGUCCAGUAUAGUGAUCCUGGACAACUCACCUGGGGCAUAUCGCAGUCAUCCAGAUAAUGCAAUACCUAUAAAGUCGUGGUUUAGUGACCCGAGUGAUACGGCACUGCUGAACCUGCUGCCCAUGCUGGAUGCACUGAGGUUUACCUCUGACGUUCGCUCGGUUCUCAGCCGUAAUCUUCAUCAGCAUCGUCUCUGGUGAUGUUUUAAACUCUUCUGUUCAACUCUCCACUGCUGGAACUGUUUGUCUCUCUGUCAGGUGACCUGUGAGGUCAUUGAACUCCAACAAUCAGACUGGGGAGAGAGAGGAUGGAGACACACACACACUGAACUGGAGCAGAGAGACAGGUGUCGAACUCUCUCCUCCUUGUCUUUCUCUGUAUGGAUCCUGCCUUACUGCUGAGCAGCUCUGUGACGGAUGGAGGGAUUUUUACACUUCUCCUUUAGUUUCCUGACAUUGUCCUUCUCUUUAGAGACUAAAUUAUUGAAUAAAUUGGACACAGCCAGUCGGAUAUCCCUCUUCCUCUUUUUCCUCCUUCACUUUCUCACACUUUGCCUUUUUUUCUUUUGUCCUUAAAUUUUCUCUCUCCUGAAGCUGAGCACUUCUCCUCUUUUUUCCAUCUUCACUCUCAUUCAUUUUUUUCAUGUAAAAUGACCACUUCCCGUUCCAUACAGACACAGGAGUGCAUUGUGGGUAUUCUGUACUGACUGAUAUUUGGACCCUACAGUGGUGCAUUGUGGGAUAUCCUCAGACCACGACAGAGCAGUGAAGCCCUCUCCUCAGCCUGCGCUCUGUGCUGAGCGGGGUUGGGAUUAUAUGAGUUUAGUUGUGGAGCAGGAAGCACAGGACUCAGUAUUCAGGAAGGUGAGCGCAUCUUUAACAGAAGGCUGAUCUCACACCGCUUUCUGUUCCUCUUCCUGUGGUGAGUGGGAGGAGCACUGAGCUGUGAUGAAACUCGCCCAGCAGCAGUGCAUUCAUUUAUUACACACAGCUUCUCCCGGCCUGUGUGUGUGUGGAAGUGGAUCCCAUCUCAGACACUGAACAUGUCUGGUGAUUUCAUUUCAUCCUGGAAAAAUGGCUGCGCGCCACGCAGAUGGAGCAACAGGGCCUCGAGACACAUUCAGAACUGGAAGUAUUAGGAUUUCAUGUGGAGUCUAAAAUAUAUGCACUUCUGUUUUUGUUUUUUGUACUAUGGACUGAUUUGAUCAACUCAGUGAAGAAAGUAAACACAUUGAUCCUG